UAAAAUCCUUUGAUCAUUGCUAUAAUUACGAUCCAAAAACUGUCUCGAAUAUUAAUGAAUUAUUUUUAAGUUGAAGAUUAACGGACUGUUCGCCCGUCCGAAAUUUGUCUUUAAGAGUUUAAGCCGCUUGCUAAGGUAAUUUGUUCUCUAUCCUCGAAUUAGCAAAGUCCAUGCUGUACGACAUCGCUCGAUGAAAGUUCGAAUAUGGUUCGAAGGAAGUUGUGAGCGUUCUCGCGUUCUCCUCAGUCCCUCCAGUUUGAUUGUUUUUUAAUCGACACGCUUUUAUGGUUCCUGCCUAACGAAUCGGAACGUGGGAAAGUUUCUGUUAAGGCUCUGUUCCUGCUUUUCGUCGAAGGUGCUGGCUACUCGUUGUAGCAGUUCAGACUCGUGGCCUAGACACGGAAAACGAAGGAGAAAACUCGAGGAACGCUCACUGGUCGGAGGCAUACGGUGAUCGAUGAGCGCGAGAACAAAAGAACAGAUAAAAAUUGACGUUUGAGUCGUUCGAAAGUGAACGAACGGUUGAGUUCGUAGUUUCAUCUUCGCGUUAUUAGUUUAAUGAAGAAUCAUGUCGAAGUGAAGAGCGUUCAGAUUAUUCUUGGCUUCUAAAGUGUGUCCGCAGAAAAUAAUCACGACAACGAUAAACCGAAGGCGAACUGCACCCGGAGAAACUACACGGAUCACGAGUAGCUGUGUAAAAACGAAUAUCGCUGUGUUUACUCGAAGAAAAAGUGAAAAGGACGAGAACACUGCUUUUAUUGGAUAAAGCCCCAACAGUGAUUCGUUUUGAUAGAGAAUGGAAAUGAUCGUGACAACAGCGCAUAAUAAAAGGUUCUAUCCGAAUGCGUGUCACGUGUGUCAAGCUUUUGGUAAAAAUAUAAAAUUGAAAAGAUGCGCGAACUGCAAGAUGGUAGCUUACUGUAGUCGGGAGCAUCAAACGAAGGAUUGGCCACUGCACAGAGAGUUGUGUCGAGCUAUUUGUGAAUUAGAAAAAUGUGGUGUUACUCGUGAACUGCACCGAUGUACGGAAGGCACUAAGGAAUCUCGGAUAUCUGCGAGAGUACGGUCAACUUUUUUCAUCGAAAAGCUGUUGGGUCGUCGGCUGUUGCCGUAUGAAAACGACUUGUUCAUAGAUCCACGAUGUUGCGAGACGUGUGACGAAACGGAUUCCUCUAAAUUGAAUGACUGUACGAGUUGUCCGGAUGCUGCUUUUUGCACAAAACAUCCAAAAGACAGCAAACAUUCCAUCAAGUGUGACACAAGCAGACUCAGUUUUCAAGCACUCAAUGUGAGUGUGACCCUCAAUAUCGGAAAUGUAAUCGUUAAAGAAAAUUAUGGUGAAAAUCCUCCCAAGAAUAUGGACGAAGCUAUAAGUUUUUUUUUACCGCAUUGCCACGGUUUGGACACGGUUUUUACGUCAACUAAAAUCUGGUCAGUUUUCCUUUCUGAACCGCUGUCAAGGCCCUAUACUUUUUUGUACUCGAUGGAAAAAUUAUCCUGGCGAAAGUCAGAUAAAAUUACGAUUCACGUAGUAGGUUCGAGCGAAAGGGAAAUGUACAAUGUCCAUUUGUGGCAAUAUUUAUUCCACCAUCGUGUAUCUCUCAGAGAGCUCAAAAUUGUCUUCGUCGGUCCAAAUGUCGUCUCCCUCAAUCAUGUAAACAUUGAACUGUGUGAGGAAUGCACGAAAAACAAGCGCAAAAUCAACAUUCAAAAGGUACAGAAAUUGUACGCGGAUUUCUCUGGUGAGCGGUUUUUCAGAAAACCUGAUUACGUUAUUGGAUUCAAUUUGGGAAUCCACGCACAUUAUUCUGACGGCACUUGGGCUCCGACUAUCAAAAUUAUUGCCAAACUGGCUUGUCCUUUCUCUAUGACUUCGUACAACGAAAAAGAAUCGAAAGGUGAUCGAGAAGCAAUCGAUUCAAUUCUCAAGAAAAAUAUCGAUCCCUUGUGGGCUGGAAAGAAUCCGUUUUCUGGCUUGAAACCUUGCAGGACCUUUGAUCACACAUUUCUUUACGAAAAUCAGUAUUUGACGAUUUAUGAAAAACUGGCUUGAUUUUUCUUCAUUUUUUAUGAAAAAAUCCUUUAAUAACUACAAAUGAUAAUUUCAAAGAACAAAUUUGUCAGUACAAAGAAAUAUGGAAAAUCAUACCGAGAAAAAUUUGUCUCCUUUUUUCGUAUAUCAAACGCUCAACAUUGUGGACCUUUGUACAUAUGUGCAAGGAUUCAAAAAUUAUUGCUGUUCGUGGAAAAAAUUUGCGUGCUUCAUAAUCCAAGGCUAUUGCUAUUGUGUAACUCGAAUAAAUAACCGUGAGUAUAGGAUUGUUUACGAAAUUGAUCAUAUAAUUUUCGAAACCAAAAGCUAUGACUGAAACUCCUGGAGAAAUUAGUAUGAAAUUAGUAUAUGAGCAGAUUAUUUGUUUUCAAAAUAAAAUUCCAUCCCAGCGAUAUAUUUGUGCUCGAAUUGAAAUAAAAAGGGUCAUGCGCAUUAUUGAUCAAGAAGUUAGAACUUGUUGACAAUUGCCGAAUAAUUAUCGUUUGGGCGUUUCAAUUCGAUUAUAAGAAUCAGUAUUUCAUUCGAAAAUAUUUCAAUCGAAAAUUCCGAAAAUCUCAAGUGAACUUCUAACCUGACUCCCAUAGUACAGUAUCUAAUAAAGUGUUGUCAAACACUA